AUGGCUUCAAGAGCUCAAGCAAUCACUGCCCUGGUUAUUUGCUUGAAUUUGCUAUCCUUCAGCAUGGUGAGCUGUAUCGGAAGUUGCUCCAUUGAUUACAAACUACUGAAACUUGGUACCGAUUACUGCUCCCUUCUUGCUCCUCUUACUAAUCGUGACGCUGCUAUUUGCCUUUGCGCUGCCGUCAACGCUCAUCUCUUCGGCAGUUUUACCGAUGCUCAUGUUUUCAUGGGCGGUUUGCUCACUGCUUGCGGCAAGACUCGUCCCGCUGCAUAUAUGAACUCAGAUGCAGCGGAUGGUUUGUUGUCAGCAGGAUGUUGCUGGCGGAAGGAGGUUGGCGACGGAAGUUGGCGGCGGCAGAGUGUUCUUCAUUAA